AUGGGAUUGAUUGAAAUGGCUACUGGGAAGACACCAUACAGUGAAUUUAAGGAUACUACCGAGAUAUACAAGAAUGUGCUGCAGGGGAUACUUCCAAAGGCCAUACAGAUGGUAUCAGAUCCGUGCCUCAAGAGUCUUAUCAUGGGGUGCAUUGUUCCCUCAUCCUCCAGAUAUACUGCUGCGCAAUGCUUGGAUCACCACUUCUUCCACCCAGAUGUGAUAUGCACCGGAGACUGCAUCCCUCGUGAGUGUGUGGCAGUAUAUCCGCUAAACGGCGCGCCACCCAAGGACAUGGAAUUGAGCAUUGUUUCCAUUAUUGACAAUAUUGUUGUGUUUCAGAUGCUCCUGUAUGCUACCAUGAAAUUUAUCAAAUUUGAAUAUGAUCUUAACACCGAUACAGUGAAGAAGAUAUGUGACGAACUCUUGGCCGAGAAGAUAGUUGACACUAGUGCUGUUGAGACUUUUUCGUCCUUGUUGAUAUCAGGACUGGAGAUUGUUGAGAUGAAGAUUAGCUCAGGACAAGUGCAUGAUGGAAUAAUCGAAGUUAAUUCCAACGAGAUAGGGAGGAUCAGGGAUGUGGAUAUGAUUGUCACCACAAGCCCAGAGAAGGAGGACAGCGAAUCACUGCAAAGUGUUAAUUUUGGAGCAGAUACUAUUGAAGAGAUGAGAAUCAUCGAGGAGAAUAUUAAAAUUGCAGAGGCUAAGAAGGAGCUAGAAAAGAGAAGAGAAGAAGAGAUAACCCAGAAGUUAAAAAUGAAGCUUCAACAAAAGAGCACCACGCCGCCUGAAGACAAUUCGGUAUGCUCUCUUGAACUGGGCAAGUCCGCAGUUAAGUUUAAGAACGAAAGUGUAUCUCAAAAGGAGUUAUACGCAGAUUUUACUUUCGAGGAUAUUUAUUCACAGUUUCCUAAUGCGCCGCAGCCAUCCAAUGUACCAUGUGAGGGUAAUAGUGGCAACAUUAAUGUAGUAUCUGAGCCCUUGGGCAGUAAAUUGGGAGAUCUGAAGGUAUCACCAACCCAGAAGUGCAGACACCAAGCAGAAUGUUGCCCCUUGUAUGAUGAAAAUGCUGUAUGCUCUCCAACGAAGAAGCAGGAUUCAUCUGGAGAUACCAACGCAUAUAGAUUGCAAUCGUCUAAUCGGUCAAGAAGAGCUGGGAAUACGCUCACCGCCCAUCUCAUCACCGCCAUUUGGCACCACACGGCUUACAGAGGAGCAGGCAGUGAAUGA